CUCUCUCUCUCCUCCCUCUCUCUAAGAUCUCUCUCACUGAUCACGACGAAAUAACGAAUCGUAACUCGUGAUGAUCUGAUACCACUGUGAGCUUUUGAGCCAUUUAUAUAAAUAUAUAUGUAUUUAUAUAUAGAUAAGGGAAGAUCUAUUUACAAGCCAGUUACUUGUCCCCACGACCUUUGAGGAUCUCUCUCUUCUCCUGUUAAUGUUGCUCGCCAAUUAUUGAGUGGUUUGCAGGAAAAUGGCAACUUUAGUUGAGCCUCCGAACGGAAUUAGGCAACGGGGGAAGCAUUAUUACUCAAUGUGGCAGACAUUGUUUGAGGUUGACAUCAAGUACGUACCAAUCAAACCCAUAGGGAGAGGGGCAUAUGGUGUAGUGUGCUCGUCAAUCAAUAGGGAAACGAAUGAGAAAGUUGCAAUCAAGAAGAUCAAUAAUGUGUUUGAGAACCGCAUUGAUGCGUUGAGGACUCUGAGGGAGUUGAAGCUUCUUAAACAUAUCCGGCACGAGAAUGUGAUUGCUCUGAAGGAUGUUAUGAUGCCUAUCCACAGGACAAGCUUCAAGGACGUGUAUUUCGUUUAUGAGCUCAUGGAUACGGAUCUUCAUCAAAUUAUAAAGUCCUCACAACCACUUUCCAGUGACCAUUGCAAAUACUUUCUGUUUCAGUUACUUCGAGGGCUCAAGUAUCUUCAUUCAGCAAACAUCCUUCACCGGGACUUGAAGCCUGGGAACCUGCUCAUCAAUGCUAACUGCGACUUGAAAAUAUGUGACUUUGGGUUGGCUCGAACCAGCGGAGGUAGUGGCCAGUUCAUGACAGAGUAUGUUGUCACUCGCUGGUAUCGUGCACCGGAGCUGCUAUUGUGCUGUGACAAUUAUGGAACAUCCAUUGACGUCUGGUCCGUAGGAUGCAUCUUUGCUGAAAUUCUUGGCCGGAAGCCAAUCUUCCCUGGAACUGAAUGCCUCAACCAACUAAAACUAAUUAUCAAUGUUCUUGGUAGCCAGCAGGAACCUGACCUUGCAUUCAUUGACAACCCAAAAGCCAGGAAGUACAUCAAAUCAUUGCCCUAUUCUAGAGGGACACAUUUGUCCCGUUUAUACCCUCAAGCUGAUCCUUUAGCUAUAGACUUGUUGCAAAGGAUGCUUGUGUUUGAUCCAACUAAGAGAAUCUCCGUCACAGAAGCACUCCAACACCCUUACAUGUCAGGGCUAUACGAUCCGAGAUCCAAUCCUCUUGCCCAGGUUCCCAUCAGUCUCGACAUAGAUGAGAAUAUGGAGGAACCAAUGAUUAGGGAGAUGAUGUGGAACGAGAUGCUUCACUACCAUCCAGAAGCUGCUCAGAUGCUUCACUAUUAUCCAGAAGCGUCUUUUGUGCAUGCCUAGGUAAACUUUCAAAAGGCUUUCCUGUUUCUUUGUGCAAUGUGUUUAUUAAUUAUAGAAAACCUUGCAUUAGAGAAACGUAUUGUUGGUCUAUCGUGUAACUCUGUGUAUUUUUACGCUUGUUAUUUGUAGUCUACGGCUAUGAAUCUGUAUUACGGAUAAUGCAUGUAAGACAUUCCUGAUUAUAACCAAGGGAAUUGAAUAAAGACGCGUCCAUUUUUAUUCCA